AUGGACCUUGUGGAGGUGGUCCAAUGGGUGGACGAGAAUUGGGACAUCGUCCGCUUGUACCUGCUCCACAGGGACUUUGGCGAGGAUGAUGGCGGCACGUGGAGGAUGGCUACUGAAGAUGAAGAAGAGCAACUGCAAGAUUGUCUCCGCCGUGACAGAGAAAUGGAGGCUCAAGCGGAGAACGAGGACCUGGAGAGAUGGGGCCAGUACCAAGCAGCAGUGGCCCAGUCUUGGGAAAGGAGGAGGGUGGUGCAGGACUUGGGCACGUGGCUAAUUCGGGCGACCGAAACGAUCUGGGUAGCGUACAAUGUCAAGGAUGAUCAGGGCACUGUGGUUGGACAAUGUUUCUGCGAUGUGACCGCGGCGGCAGCGUCAAAGGCCGUCACGGUGGAGUCGACCAUUACAGACAUGUCUGAUGAACCCACUUCGGCGGAGCGAACCCUGGGAGAAGAUGAACAAGACAUUGGCAGGCGGCGCGCGAUGCCGAGGUGGUUGAAGCUUCUCAAGCCAUGGCUGUGGAGGAUCCUGAGGCAUUGGUUGGUUUCCCCUGGGGUCCCGCAGGAGAUUGUCUCGGCGUGGUACCGGUUGUUCCUUGAGAGAGCCAUUGAGGAAGAGAUGGUUCCCGAUCGCUUUGGGAGUUCAGUCCCGGCCCUGUUCCAGCAGCGCAGAGAUGAACGGGAGGGAGGUCCCAUCUUGGACCCUGGACUGUUCACCAAAACCUCAUCUUUGGAGAGCCUUUCGUUAAAGGUCACAAGUAACGAGGCGGCCUUCACGGCUUUUGAUGUGGAGACGUUGGGUCAGUUUCGCAUGGAGUUGCGUCUUCAAGGGGGUGUCACCUCGCCCCUGGAGCAUGACGCCUCGGCAGUUCCAAGGGAAACCAUGCGAGGUGAGAAUGGCUCGCUGGAAGCACAGACGUUUUGGCGCAGUGCAUCAGCAACCCGGACGGUGCGCCCGCUGAACUGGCUGAGAGGGCAAAAGCAAUCAUGGCUUCGGUGGCCGUUGCAUGCGUUGGGGGAAGAUGAAGGGCAUGGAGAUGUCAUCAUGCCGCUGGAGAAUGCCUCGGGGGUGGAACGUGUGACUCCGCUUGAAAUGGGGGUAGUGCCUGCGCCUCAGCAAGGACCUGUUGCAGAUGAGGAGGUGACGAGUGUUCAAGACGAGCGUUGUUAG